GGAAACAACACCAGAAAUACAGAAAAACAGAAGUAACAACAAAUACACAAAACAAAACAAAAAAAAAAAACAAGCGACGUAAACGACGGCCCCCAGGACAAAAAUCAAUUGCAAAAAUUGAAACUUAUGGAUUGCUGGACGGGUAACGCCCGACUGGCGAGUGUUUUAGUUUAAGCAGCGUAAGCUGUCACCGACAUGGGCAGUGAGCACUACUGCUUGAGGUGGAACAAUUACCAAUCCAACCUGUUAGGGGUGUUUAGUCAAUUACUACAAGACGGGAGCCUGGUGGACGUCACACUAGUUUGUUCAGAGGGCACAUCCAUCAGAGCCCAUAAGGUGGUCCUCUCGGCUUGUUCCUCGUACUUCCAGAGCCUGUUCCUGGAGCAUCCCGAAAGACAUCCAAUUGUGAUAUUGAAGGACGUCCGUUUUGCCGAGCUGCAAACCUUAGUUGAAUUCAUGUACAAGGGCGAGGUGAACGUGCAAUACUGUCAGUUGUCCGCACUGCUCAAGACAGCCGAAUCACUCAAGGUCAAGGGUCUUGCCGAGAUGACAAACCAGAAUACAACGCUGCGCGAACCGGAACGUGAACCCGAUCGACUGCGUCCCCAUUCGCAGGCUACUAGCGGCGGCGGCAGUGGCGGUGGCGCCCACAAGGCCGCCGACAGUCCGGCGGCAGCCCUGGAUGCAGCUUCGGCGGCGACCUCAGCAGCAGCAGCAGCAGCAGCGGCCACCAGCAGCAGCACCAGUGGCAGUGGCAGCUCCUCCACCUCAACCUCAGCAACAGCAACAGCAGCAGCGGCAUCUGCCACAGCAGCGGCUACAGCGGAGAGUACAGCGACAGGCGGUGGGGGUGGCGGUGGCGGUGGCAGUGGCAGUGGCAGUAGUAGUAAAAUAUCAACAUCUGCCACAGCAGCAGCAGCAGCGGCAGCAACAGCAGCGUCAGCAGCGGCAACAUCGGCCACAACAACUGCCACAACGCCUGCCGAAGAAGCCACAUCCUCGUCCAGCGGCAGCCACAAGCGAGAGGCGAGCGAUCGAUGCAGUCCAACGCCAGCGAAGCGCCAAACAGUCUCCGGUUCGGUGAGGAUCAAUCUCGAUGAGGACGAUGAUGAGGAGGACGAGGAGGAGGAGCUGGAGGAUCAGCUGGUGCGGGGCCUGCAUGUGGGCGAGGAUGUAGACGAUGAUGUCGAUGACAUUGACGAUGUUGGGGAUGAUGACGAGGACGAGGAGGAGGACACACCCAUGCCGCUAGAUCUCUAUCAAAGACGUGACGCCGCCUCCGGCUCUGCCUCGGCCGCAGCCGCAGGCUCAGGCUCAGGCUCGGCUCAGCAGAGUGGUGCCACCACCACCACAACCACCGCCAGCAGCAGCAGCAGCAGCAGCAACAACAACAACCUCAGCAACAACAAUAACAACAACAACUCCAGCAGCAGCAACAACAACAACAACAGCAGCGGGAGCGGAAGCGGAAGUGGAAGUGGAAGCGGUAUCAAAGCUACCUCAAUGGCUGCCUCGGCUGCCAGCAAUGGCGAAGGCAUCGAUCUGGCUGUGGUUGCCGUCGACGAUGACGACGACGAUGAGGACGAUGAUGUCCUGCAGCAUGACGAGGACACCGACAAUACACGGCACAAUGCUGCUGCUCAUCAUCAGCAUCAUCAUCGUCGCCACCAUGACGAUGAUCCCGAUGACGACGAUGUUGUCGUGGUGGGCAGCGCCUCGGCAGCAGCAGCAGCCGCAGCAGCCACAACCACAGCAUCGGCUGCGGCAGCAGUGGCCCGAGAUAUUGCCCAAGUGCUUGCCCAUCAGAGCAUACGCCUGAGUCACCACCAUCAUCACCAGCAGCAGCAGCAGCAACAGCAGCAGCAGCAUUCGCACCACCACCACCACCACCAGCAACAACAGCAACAGCAGCAGCAUUCGCACCACCAGCAGCGGCAUCACCACCACCACAACGAGGAUGAUGACGACGAGGACGAGACGCUGGUGGGCUCGGGUGCCCUGCCAACCAUACCCAAGACCGAGAUCAUCGAUGACGACUACGACGAUGAGAUGGAUCUCGAUGAUGACGAUGAGGCGGACAACAGCAGCAAUGACAUGGGCCUCAAUAUGAAGAUGGGUGGAGGCGGCGGCGGCGGUGUCGAUCUCUCCACGGGCUCCACUGUGAUUCCCUCGCCACUAAUAUCCUUGCCCUCAUCCUCGGCCGCAGCAGCAGCGGCGGCAGCAGCAGCCGCUGUGGCAGCCGUGGAAUCGCAACGCUCAACGCCCGCCGGUGGCGGUGGCGGCGGAGGAGGAGGAGGCAGUGCAACCUGUGCCUCCGAUUUGAGUCUGGGGGCUGGCGGGCGUCCAGCAUCGCGGAGUUCACGUGAUGGCGGACCCGAAGGCAGAGCCACCUCCAGUCUGCUGAGUCCCGGGACUGUGGCCAAUCUCUUGCCAGUGCAAUCGGUGCCAUUGAGCCUGAAGAAAGAAAUCGAUUGCAGUGAGGACGAUAACAGUAGUCACAGUAGACACAUGCAACCGCGUUCGGCAUCAGCUGGCGGCGGACUGGGCGGCGACCUUGACUACCGCGCCUCCCACGAAUCGCUGCUGCGCAACUUCAGCUCUCCGAUGAGCGCCAUGGCCGCCAGUCGCUGCCCCACGCCAUUCGCCUUCCCCUUCACGCCGCUGGGCCUGAGCCUCUUCGACAUUGAUCCGUCCAGAAUACUUAGCCUGCUGCACCAUCAGACCUGGCUGGCCGAAGAGGCACUGAGGACUCGGGGUUUGCUGGCAGCACCCAAGGAUUUCACCCACCGUUUUACCACUUUAAGCGAUCUGCUGACCAAGGACUAUCAGCCGGUUGUCGGCCAGUCCCCAACGACGGCCACGUCCACGGCCACGACAACGACAACGAGCCCAUCGUAUGCCAAGCAGACCACAACGAACCGUUCCAGCGAUGUACAGUACAAACAACAGCAACAACAGCCACAACCUCAUGCAGGAUCUGCACCAGUGGGCGCUCCAGGCACCUCCUCCUCUGGCGGAGUGGCGGCAGCCUUCAACAUGCGCUACCCCACACCGACAGCCUUCUACCAGCAGCAGCAGCAGCAGCAGCAACAGCAAUCGAAGGCGCCCAAGUCCUCGCCCUCGCCCCAACAAAUGGCCACCAGCUCCACCUCCAUGGCCUGCAGCAUCGCCAUUGAGUCCGGCAGCGGUGGCGAUGACAGCUGCAAGCGCAGCUCGGCGGACAGCGACGAGGUGACCAUCGUGGAGUUGCCCAGCGAGCGGAGCGCUCAGCUCUACAAAGAGUCGCUGGAGCAGCUGCUGCAGCGACGCCGCAUCACCAGCAACAGCAGCAGCAGCAGCACACCCGGUGUGGGGCCGGUGGUGAGCUGCCCGCCCACUGGCGGCGUCGGUGGGGUCAUUGUCGAUGCCACCGGCCUGAGGCAGUACACACAGCUGUUGCUGUCGGGUGCCGGCACACCGGCCAGCUGCACGGACACAUCGAGCAGCUGCAAGGAGAAGAGCUCCUCAUCGUCUACCUCAUCGACGCCGCCGCCCAGCUCCUCGCUGCUGGCGCAGCAUCAGCAGCUCAGCCAAAUGCUGAAGAGCCCCUCGGACACGUGCUCCUCGCUGUUCAGCGGCUCGGAGCCCAUCGAGGAGGAGACCCGCUGCGUCGUGUGCAACGCCCACUUUCCCAAUGUGUGGCUGCUCGAGCAGCACGCCGCCCUCCAGCACCCGCAUGUGGGUCCCGGCGAGGAGAAGCCCUUCAUCUGUGAGCAGUGCGGCCAGUCGUAUCGCUACCGCAGCGCAUACGCCAAGCACAAGGAGCAGAAUCACCGGGCCCGCCUGCCCGCCGACAAGCUCUUCACCUGCGACGUCUGCGGCAUGCAGUUCCGCUACCUGAAGAGCUUCAAGAAGCAUCGCCUCAACCACGCCCUCGAGCGACUGCACGGCAAGAAGACCAUCGGAGUUGUCGGACGCCUGGGCGGCUCCCUGUCCGUCUCGGUAUCGACUCCGGCAGCGGCCGCUGCAUCGGUGGGUCCCGUCGUGUCCACUCAAAUGGACCAGGAUGUGGUGACCAGCUCCCAGGAGCCGAUGCUGGCCGAUGAGGGCGAGGAUCUGCGGGUGAAUGUUAAGCGCGAGGGCGCAGACGAGAGCUCCUCCACCCAUCCAGAAGCUGGUGGCGGCGGCGGCAGUGAAGAGCACGAGCAGGACAACACCAUCGACUCGGCGGGCAUCACGAUGCUCUAUCAGGACAACAACUCCUCGGCCUCGGCCUCCACCAGUGCCACGGAGCCGAACAUAAGCAGCUCCGAUGGCAUUCAUAGUACAAACAAGCGGUCGCGAAUGCACCACUUGGAAACGGAUCCCUCCUACCCACACCACCAUCACCACCAACAGCAACAUCAUCACCAUCAUCAUCAGCAGCAGCAGCAACAGCAGCAAGGGCAGCUGCCACCUCAUCUGGGUCAUCAUGUCUCACUGCCAAUGGCGGCCAAUGCUGCGGCUGUUGCGGCUGCUGCCGGCUCCUCAUCGUCAUCGGUUGCAGCUGCCGCUGUUGCUGCGGCCAAUGCCGCCGCUCAGGCGGCCAAUUCCAGCUCAAAUACUGUGGGCGUGGCCAGUGGAAAUAUUAGCGGAGGCGGAGGCGGUGCCGGGUCCGCUGGCAGCGGCAUCAGUUCACUCAGCUCGCUGACAUCGCUGAUCAACGCCGAACGGAUACCGAACGAACAGUUCCUGGGUCUCAAUCCCCAGGAGGCGUCGAUACUGAAUUUCUUGCGCGUCGAUGCCGCCGAGCGACAGCGGGACAAGCGGCCGGCCACCUCACGCUUUGCAUGCCCCUUCUGCGGCAAGUGUGUUCGCUCCAAGGAGAACCUCAAGCUGCAUGUGCGCAAGCACACCGGCGAGCGUCCGUUUGUGUGCCUGUUCUGUGGCCGGGCAUUUGGCGGCAAGUCCGAUCUGACCCGCCAUCUGCGCAUCCACACGGGCGAGCGGCCCUACCACUGUGAGUCGUGCGGCAAAUGCUUCGCACGGGCGGACUAUCUAUCGAAGCAUCUCACCACCCACAUUCACAAUGCGCCGCGCUGAGAUGAGGCGCGUAGGAGGCGGCUCCUACGCAGAUAAGGAACCAGCAGUAGCAGUCACGUCACACACACACCAGCACACACCAACACACACCAACACACACACACACAGAGGCAGAAACUACAGGAAGAGCGUAUAUAGAAAUUUAUGUAUAUUAUUAACAAA